CCGGGCAGAGCCGAGGGGAGCGCGCGCCAUGGCGGGCCCUCCGUGCGCCUUCUCCCCCCGCGGGUGCCGCUUGUUCGCUUCGUGCGGGCCCGAUGGGCGGCUGCGCGUGUGGGACACGGCCGGCAGCCGCCUGCAGCACGAGUACGUGCCCUCCGCCCACCUCAGCGCCGCCUGCACAUGCCUGGCCUGGGCCCCGGCGGGGGCGCGGCAGCCCCCCAGCAAGGAUGGUCCCCAGAGGAAAAAACGGAAGUCUGAAGUUGGAGAAGUGGACAAGCAGUUAGAUAUCUUGGCUAUUGGUACAGCAGUUGGUAGCAUUUUGUUGUACAGCACAGUAAAAGGAGAAUUACAGAGCAAGCUAGAUGGUGGUCACGACAGUAGAGUAAACUGUGUGAGAUGGCAUCAAGACAACUCCUGCUUGUAUAGCUGUUCAGACGAUAAACACAUCGUGGAAUGGAGCACACAGACCUGCAAAGUAAAGUGUAAGUGGAAAGGCGACAAUAGCAGUGUCACCUGUCUAUGCAUCAGUCCAGAUGGAAAAAUGCUGCUGUCAGCCGGUAGAACUAUAAAACUGUGGGACUUGGAGACCAAAGAAGUCUACAGACAUUUCACAGGCCAUGCUACAUCAGUGUCAUCAUUAAUGUUUACCACAGUGAAACCUAUGAAUGAAAGUAAACCCUUUGAUGGAAUUACAGGACUUUAUUUCUUGUCUGGAGCCAUACACGACCGAUUAUUGAGUGUGUGGCAGAUCAGAUCAGAUAGGAAAGAAAAGAAUGCUGUGAUGUUUUUCACAGUAACAGAUGAACCAACUUUUGUUGACCUGACUGUAUCAGAAGUCAAAGAAGAGCCUGUGAAGUUAGCAGUUGUGUGCAGAGAUGGGCAGUUGCAUUUAUUUGAACAUAUCUUGAAUGGUUAUUGCAAAAAACCCUUAACAUCAAACUGUACUAUUCAGAUAGCAACACCUGGGAAUGAUGGAGACUCCACACCGAAACCUGUCCCUAUUCUAGCAGCUGCAUUUUGCACAGACAAACAGUCUCUGCUGCUGGUGUAUGGAAACACCUUACAGCCCGUCAUAGAGAAAGUGUCUUUGAACAGCAGUGAAUCCCACAUAUGUUUGGUACGGGACAUCCAGAAAGUGUUGUCACUUAAAACAGAUGCUGCUCUAACAAAGGUAAAGACACCUGUUGUGAACUCAGACACCAAAGUUCUAGUGCCUGGCAUUCCAGGACAUAGUACAGCUGUCAAAACUCCAGCCUCGGGAAAGGAGAAAAAGAAAAACAAGAGGAAACCAGGAGAGACAGAGGAGAGCAUUGAGGAGCGCCUUGGGGCAUUGGAUAUUGAUGUUAGCAAAGUCAAAACUCCAGGUGGCCUUCCCCAAACAGACAGCUUUGCCGUGCUGCUGGUUCAGGGCUUGGAAAGCAAUGAUGCAGAAAUCUUAAAUAAAGUGCUUAACACAAGGAAAGAAAAUAUAGUAAAGAACACAGUAGCCAGAAUGCCUAUACAUGCUGUCAUUCCACUGCUCCAUGAGCUUACAAAGAGAUUGCAGGGCAACCCAUACAGUGCCUCACUAAUGGUUCGAUGGCUGAAGUCUGUUUUUACCCUACAUGCAUCCUACCUUUCCACAUUGCCAGACCUUAUUCCUCAGCUGGGAAUGCUGUACCAGUUGAUGGAGAGCAGAGUAAAAACUUUGCAAAAGCUUUCCCGUCUGCAUGGAAGACUCUUCAUUCUUGUCACCCAGGUUGCAGCAUCACAAACAGUUCAGGAUGUACCCGAGGUUAAUCAGACUGCAAAGCUGGUCUAUGAGGAUGACUCCUCGGAGGAGGAAGGCUCAGAUGAUGAGAUGAUUGCAGAUAAAGACUCUGAUGAAAACUGGGAUGAAGAUGAAGAAAAAGAGGAGCAAUCUGAUGAACAAGACAUGACUGUUGAAAAGGAAAUUAAUGGUGAUUCUGAUUUGGAACCAGAAAAUGAAAGUGAAGAAGAAUAACAGCACGAAAGAGUAAUUUAGUGGUUUGAACAAGUGGGCCACCAAGCUCUUUGAUUCUGGAUCCUGUUGCUGAAAGGUGCUGUAUUUGCAUAUCAGGAGUGCAGAGCAUUGCACAGCCUGUGUGCAGAGGCACCUGUGGGGCACUGCAUUUCUGAAUCCAGAAUGUUUAACCGUGCCAGCCUUCUCUCGCCCUCCUUCCCUGCGCUUACUUAGAGAAACAUUUCCUCCACCUCCUGGUCAGAUUAUGCCUGUCAUGUGGACAUGCAUUUGUAUCUCAAGUGAAAUAAAUCUGCCACCGCUGUUUGUGUGGGAAACUUG